GGAGCUGAUAGAGAUCCUUUGGGUCCGGGCAUGGUUUUUGGUGGAUUUUUUUCGAAUGGACACGCCUUCGGAGCUUUUCUGGGACAAAUAGGGCCGUGAUCAGCACUGUAUUAUAUAAGUGGACUGAGCAAUCGAAGGAGGUUCCGUUCAGAUUAUCGGAGCAACGUUAUAGAUAGAUUUGGUUGAAGUUGACCUGGGGAGCGCCAAGCCAUCUACUGUGGUAAAGCGGUAAGUGGCGGCAUAACCGAGCGCCAUUAUCUGUUAUCUGCACCAGCCAGAUUAUUUUCCGACAGGCAUAUUCAUCCCAUUUUCUCAACCAAACUCAACUUCAACCACCCCCAAUAAACCAUAUCAGCUUGCAGCACAACCAGCAAAAGAUGGCCCAGGGCGAAGUCAAGAAGACACCCAAACCAAACCCGGGCGGGAAGGGCGGCAAGGCGGGCGGGAAGCAGCAAGCGAAGAAGAGCGGCGUCAGCAAGGCGAAAAAGUCCAAGACAACGGCCGACAAGAUCCAGAAGAAAUAUACGGCAGGCCUGGUCGCCAAGACGGAGCAGAUGCUGGGCGAGCGCGCCGGCCAUCUGGAGCUGAUCGGCAAGGGGCGCAAGAAGGGCGAGGAGCGGAAGUUUAAGGGAGGCAGUCGCAAGUUUGGUUAGGGUGGGUGCGACGGGGCAAAAGGGUGGGAGCUGGCGCGGGAGCUGGCUGUGGGAUGGUACACUGG